ACGUGCCCAGACUCAGAGAACCUGACUCCAGACCUGAAGACACAUUUAAACUUAUCAACCACCAAUCAGAGUAAACAACCAAGAGGGAGAAAGAGUGAACGCAAGAGAUUGAAAAGAUUUAGAUUAGAAAGGUCAUCAAAGGAACGUCGAGAAGUUUUCGGCUCUGGUUACGCUUGUGAGGUGCACAGAUAAAGCCAUUAAUAGAAGCAGGUAAAAAAAAACAGGAGAAAGAGUAUUGCCAACUCCAAUUUGUGGUGAAAGAACUAGGGAGAUAUAAACAGAAACAAGUUUUCGGGUCUCACCAUGUGGUUUUUGGCAACCUUGUGCGUUUCAUGCCUGCUGAUGGGCACCCAGGCUCAGAGCAGAGCUAGUUUUCGUCGAUCGAAUGAUCGUAAUGGCCGUUGUCAGUACAGCUUCACGGUGGACAGCCCCACAGAGGCCAGCUGUCCAUCACCCGGUUCAAGCCCCGAGAUGGAUUCCCUGAAGUCUCGUCUGGGGCUGCUGGAAGCGCUGGUCACCCGUCUGGCCGGAGGAGAAGCCGUGUCCGAGUUCUCACAAAGCUCUGGAUCUCAGUCAGGCAUCCAGGAUGCCUAUAACCAAGCCAUGGAAGAGAAAGCCCAGCUCCAGAGAGAGAAGCAAAGACUGGACAGACAGGUUCAGGAUCUUCAGAGGAGGAUGGAGGAGCUCCGUCAGGAAGCAGAGAGGCUGAGAAACAAACCCUGCACGCCACAACCUCCACCCAGAGGGCUGAUAAAUGACAACGGCUUCAGACCGGGAUCAGAGAUGGCGAUAGAGAGACAAAAGUUACAGACUGCAGCUUUAACUAAAGGACCUGCACCCUCUCACCUGAUAUCCAUACCUGAGAAAACAGAAGAUCGCAGUUUAGGUACAAGAUAUCAAGAGUUGACAGCCGUGGUGACUGAAAUUUCUGCCCCAAAUCUGGAUGGUCCAGCAGACAUCACAGGUUGUGGUGACCUGGUGUGGGUAGGAGAGCCUGAGAUACAUCGUAAGGCUGAUAGUAUCGCCGGUAAGUACGGUGUCUGGAUGCAGGACCCUGAAGCCAAAGACCCUUACGGUUCAGAGAUGGUGUGGCGCAUCGACGCAGUGGGCUCCGACGUGCGUCAACUCAUCGGGUACGAAAAUAUGGACCAGCUGACACGAGGCUUCCCCACCAAGGUCCUCCUCCUUCCAGAGGGUAUGGAGAGCACCGGCGCCACCAUGUACGACGGGUCCUUGUACUACCAACGCAGGCUCAGCCGCACACUCAUAAGAUACGAUCUACUCUCUGAGAACAUCGCCGCACGCCGCGACCUUCCCCAUGCUGGCUUCCACGGUCAGUUCCCAUACUCCUGGGGAGGCUAUACGGACAUUGACCUGGCUGUAGACGAAAAUGGUUUGUGGGCCAUCUACAGCACCAACAAGGCCAAGGGCGCCAUCGUGAUCUCCCAGCUGGACCCUCAUAGCCUGGAAGUGAAGGGGACAUGGGAGACUAAGAUCCGGAAAACAACGGUGGCUAAUACUUUUAUGAUCUGUGGCAAGCUGUACACAAUCGCUAGUUACACCUCACCCAACACCACCGUGAAUUACAUGUACGACACGGCAACCAGUCAGGGGAAAGCCAUCUCAGUGCCCUUCAAAAACCGUUAUCGCUACAACAGCAUGGUAGACUACAACCCGGUGCACAGAAAGCUGUACGCUUGGGAUAACUAUUACAUUGUGUCUUAUAAAGUGAGGCUAGGCAAGCAGGAGUAAUGUAAAGAGAUGUUUAUAUUACGAAGCUUAUAAGAGUUUUGUUUUACCAACCAGCUGUUGUUGGAUUCAUUGAUAUUCAUAGACAAGGAUAGACAAUUUGAGAGCUGAAAAGAAACCAAAAAGGAAUAACAUUCACAAAUCAUUAAUAGUGCAGAUGACAAUAAUAAUAAUAUCAUAAUUAGUAUAUGUGACCGUGGACCACAAAACGAGUCAUGUGUCAAUUUUUUUUAAAUUGAGAUUAAUACAUCAUGACAUAACAUAAUAAAUAAGCUUCCCAUUGAUUUAUGGUUUGUUAGGAUAGGACAAUAUUUGGCCGAGACAACUAUUUGAAAAUCUGGAAUCUAAAUAUUGAGACAAUAGCAUUAAAAGUUGUCCAUCAGAGGCGCUGUAGCAGGCCGUUGCUAAGAAGAAACAGGUUUGUUUUAACGCUCUCUAUUGUUGCACCGCUGUUAGAGUAGAUGAAUCCGAAAUCCUAAGAUACAUACAUAGAUACCAAACUUGAGUGGGUAAUUCCUAAAGAGCGGUCAGAAGUGAGCAAAGUUCGUAGGCGUGUUUACAGCCAUUUUUGUUUGCGAUUUUGAUGCAUCCACUCACAAAAAUGAUCGUUAAUACCCUAAUGAUUUUUGGCAUAAAAGAAAAAUGGAUAAUUUUGACCCAUACAAUGUAUUGUUGGCUAUUGCUACAAUUAUACCUGUGCUACUUUUGAAUGGUUUUGUGGUCCAGGGUCACAUAUAAGAACUAAUAUUUUCGACUUAAAAUUUUUGAUCAAAUUAAGCACAAAAUACCUGUCAUUUUUCUUGAUAACGUAAAAACAAAGCUAGCCACAAUACCAUUGAGCACUUGCAUUUACACAAAUAAAUUAAUUUAUAUUUUUGUAUCUUUGUCUGCGAUGCUUGUAGUGGUAAAUAUGCUAAAAGUUUUUUUCCUUUGACCAACAAAUUCAUUAAUUAAUGAAAUGAGGUUGCAUUUUUUUCCUCUGUGGAUCUUAUUGUGUAUAGAGAAACUAUUUUUCUACCUUUGUAAGUAAUGUCUUGUCUUUUGUGUUUACAGCACUGAUUUUAAGUUCAAGGAAGAGGGAAAAUAUACAGUAAUGACAGUUAAAGGAAUAGUUCACCCAAAAGUGAAAAUUCUGUCAUUAUUUACUCACGCUCUUGUCAUUUUAAACCUGUAUGACUUCCUUUCCUGCACAAACACAAAAGAUAUUUUGAAUAAUGUUGGUAACCGAACAGCGCCGGCACACAUUCAGUUCUUGCAUGGACACAAAACCAAUGCAAGUGAAUGGGUGCCAGUUAACAAUGUUCUUCAAAAUAUCAUCUUUUGUGUUAUGCAGAAGACAGACACUCAUAUAGAUUUGAAAUGACAAGAGCAUGAAUAAACGAUGGCAGAUUUUUCAUUUUGGGUGAACUGUCACUUUAAGGACUGCCUUUUAACUGAUAGAAUGUAUAAAGAGGUAGACAACUCAAAUAUAACCUUUACAUUACUAAUUUGUGUACUUGAUUCACGCAUUUCAACUUUGUACACAAAUGUCCCUUCUGUCUCUUUGAAUUUGCCUUUAAUGACAUACUCAUGUGCUGCUGAGAUCUGGGAUCUUGUAGCUACAAGUGUAUUAACUUAUAUGCAAAUACAUCAGAUCAUAAGAAUAAAGUAAAGAAUAAACCAU